CAUACGUAACGCUCCAUGCAUGUCCCGUUUGUACGAAAAGACCUUCUCCUAUAGCCCCAAGGCAAGAUGCAUAAAAUAAGAUCAUCCCAACUGGAAUAAUAUUGGAAUCGCAAAAGCACAGACAGUAUUAAGUACGACAACAAAACACCGUUACACAACGUUCGCGUUGAACAGGGUCGCACGCGCGUAUUGGGAACCGGGAAGCAGGCUUGCGUCAAUAAUUGAUCACUAUGAACGUGGGACGUUUCAGAUGGGAGCCUUCCAUGUGAUUCAGCGAGUGGCUUUAUCAGAGGCAGCUGCAGUCCCCUUUACAGACACACUCACUGCCUCUCCGUGCACCCGAAACAAGGACGUCCUUCUUUUGCCUGGAAACCGGAGAUGUUAGAAACGAGCAGUUAGAGCCUCGCUGCACCAUUACUGCUGAAGUUUCAUUUCUGGGGAGUUAAUCGGCUUUUAGAGAGCAUUGAAAUCGCCGUACAGAUCUGGCGACAAGGGACUACUUGAAAAGCUUAACCUGAAUGUAAAACUUGGUUGAAGAAGGCAGGAAUAAAAAGCCAUCAUCAUGAAUUUUGUUAUGAAGCAAGCGUUGGGAGGGGCGACCAAAGACAUGGGCAAAAUGCUGGGGGGCGAGGAGGAAAAGGACCCUGAUGCCGAUAGGAAGGAGGAAGAAAGACAGGAAGCCCUCAGGCAACAAGAAGAAGAGAGGAAGGCGAAGUAUUCAAAAAUGGAAGCAGAAAGAGAAUCGGUUCGACAGGGCAUCAGGGACAAGUAUGGCAUCAAGAAGAAGGAGGAGAAAGAGGCAGAGGCCCAGGCAGCCAUGGAGCAGGCGUCCGAAGGCAGUUUGACCCGUCCCAAGAAAGCAAUCCCAGCCGGCUGUGGAGAUGAGGAAGAGGAGGAGGAAAGCAUCGUGGAUACAGUCAUGAAGUUCCUGCCGGGACCACUUCAAGAUAUGUUUAAUAAAAAGUAACAUUUGUCACAACGAGUCGUCGCUUUACCGAAACCAUGUCAUGAAAUCCACCUUCUCUUCCCCUUUCUCGCAUUUGUUCUAAGAUCUCUGGACUCGACUCGUGUGCCGUAACAUCGUCUUUAACUGAGGGGUUGAAAAAAUGAAGAAAAACGUGUGCACUAGAAAUGUUGCAUAUGCAUGUCUACUGCACAUUGGUUCUCUGUUUAAAGACAAGUUUAACGCCCCAUGAGUCCAGACCUUGGAGCAAAUAUCCUCCAUGCUUCAUUGAUUUUGUUUGUAAAUAGCAAACUAAAAAGCUGUAUGUGAAUACAGAUAGAUAGAUAUAUAUCGAUAUAUAUCGAUAUGCACAUAUAUAUAGAUAAAUAAAGAAAUAGAAAUAAACAAUGACAAAGAGUAAAAGCCAUAAUUUUAUCCUGGAGAGAUCUCUCCAGAUCAUAUCAUAUUUUGAUUGUUGCUCUGUUAUAGAGUUUUAUUGAUAAAUCCACGUGGUAUACCUAUAAAACAGUCUUUGCGACGUUUCAUGUGACGUUCAUUCAUCAAACUGGCCUACAAGCUUUCAGCCAUCGUGAGUUGUAACAAGAUUAAUUUGACUCAAAACUGUACUACGAAAGAGAACGUAACAUUAUCACACAUUGCUUUGCUUUUUUCUCUAAGCAUGCUAACAAUACAGUAUUUUGUUUAUCAGUACGCUCACUGUAUCCCAUUUCAUUGGACGUUUCAGGUGAAACACACUGAAAAUCGAGGCAAUAACUCUGGGUUUGGAUUUUGUUGUCCGACAGACAAGUUAAACAGCAUAUUGGUCUAUACGCGUCUCUGUAGUUCUUCCUAAAAUACAAACUCUACGUCCCUCAUUAUGUUGUUACGCACAUACUGUACAUACCAGACUUUAACAGACUCCGGAUUUGAUCGAUUAAUAUGGAAUCGGAUACAUUAGCUAACUGGGCCGAAGCAAGAUGUAAACCGUAGAGCACGAUGUUACUAUGAAUUGACUUGCGUUUACGGUAAUGCAGAAUGUUAGGGGUGACAUUGAUCACGUACAACCACAAUUGGAUCAAUAGGGCUAUAUAUAAAUUUCAUCUUCACUGCUGUACAGUAAAUCUAGUUAUUUUGUGUCUACAUUUAUUUACGUUAGCUCUCACAAUGAGGUUGUGAGCACAUGUUACGUAAACAGACAGUGACAAUGGUGCAAUAUUCGUUUCUGAAUGAAGAUGUCCUGUGUCAGUUGAAGAUGGGCAACUGAACCCAGAUCAGCAAUAACAGACAAUCUUCAUGACUAUAUGUUCAUCUUAUUUGCUAGAGAAUGUUUGUGUGCAAACGCGGUGUUGUCUUAGUUUCAGUCCAAGAAAAUGCUACUGAGCUUAGUAAAAGAAGAGAAGAAUGUUGCAGGAUUUCUUACUGCUGGUCACUUGAAAUUAUUUUUUAGAAUGUGAUGCUGCUUCGCUACAUAUUAAUUUGUUUACAAGAACUGUCAAAGUUAACACGUUAAGGUGUGUGAUAAUGUUUAUCAGAUGUGUUUUUAGCACAGGUGAAACCAGUACAGAAUGCUGUUGCGUAUGUUGCGAAAUUAUGAGCGCCAUCCACAUAAAAUGCAGAACCUAAAAAUACACACAGGCCUGUUAUUUAGUUUUGCUAAUGUAUGUGUUAAUGAGUUAAAUAUAAAAAAUGUUCCAAUUGAUAACUAUUAAAUAACAUUUCAUAGCUCUAGUAUGCUUGCUUAUCUCUAGUUUAUGUAUGAAGCUGUUUCUUGAUUCUAGCAUCGAUAAGAUGGAAAACAAAUUGUAUGAAAUCCUCAUUCAUGAGAAAAUCAAAUUAGAAAGAAUCAGAUCGUAUCACCAUUGUUUCCUUUUUGACUAAGAAAAAAAAUUGUUUGCGAAAAAUGUUUGCGUGCUUUGAUAAGGAUGGUUGUAAUUGAACUGCGUCCAACUUUUAUGUCCUGCUACUGUAAAUUAUUACAACACUCACAGGUCAUAAGUCUGAUCAUCAAGGUGUGUAAACGUCACAGGCAAAUUUUACGAUGCGGAAAAAUAGGAAUUGGAAUUGGAAAUAGGAAUUUGUAUAAUGCUGCCAUUGUAUUGCUUUGAACAUACCAGAUAUUCCAGACAUUCCAUCUUGUCCAUGCCAUGCUGAAGAAUCAUGUGGCUUAUACCGCAUAUAUAUGAAUAUGAAUGAAAAAUGUAUUCAGAGUCUCUAGAAAGCAUUAAAUAAGCUGUGUUCCGAGAUACAACUUUCAGUUUAGUUUAUAGCACACAGUCAAAGUGAUGUCAUAGCUAUCUGUCCUGCCAGCCACAUACCACAAGCAACAAGACAUUCGAUAUUUAUUCAUGUUUGUGAUAUAAAUGUGCUUGCAGAUACAAAGUGUGUCCUUCUACAGCUGAACAAACUAGCCAGUUGCUAAGAAAUUUAUGAGAAAUUGAAUUAGCUAUCAAUCAUCCUGGAAUGUGUUUCAGAACUUACUGCCAAUGUAGUUACUAUUUCUGUGUUCAUAUGGCAACAACGUGACUUGUACCACUUUUGGAUAAAAAAUCACAUACAAGAGUUUUUACAAAGAAGAGUUUUACAAAAGACUCAACGUGUACUUUACAACAGAUAGACGCCAUUUUUUGAGCACAAAAUAUGUAGUUUAAUGAUUUUUAUAUGCGAUAAUCGACUGCCCUCGGUUUCCUCUAUCUCAUAGUGUCGACUAUGUGAUGUGGUGAAUUUUCAUUGGCUGCACUAUCAAUUAAAAACUGCCCGAAGUCCAUGAUAUUACCCAUCCAAUCAUCGCUUAUGUUUUUAUUAAACCAAAGAGUGUUUGUAUUGUGAGAAUGCCUUUAAAAUGUUUUUUUAAAAUUAUUUUUUAGAUAUUCUGCUCCUAUUUUGACAUCAUUGAAGGUUUUGUCAUUGAUCUAAAUGAGAUCCCUAAAACAACAAAUUUUUCACAAAAAAAAAGAUUUUAUCAACUACUAAAAUACAUUUUGUUUACAAACAAUACUCUGUAACAGAAAACAAAUUACAACACCAUCACUUUCUGAUACAGAACAGCUCUAACUAUUUCUUUAACUCGAUUUCAUUCCACAUUCACUCAAUGUCACUUUCUCUCUCAGACGCUAAUGAUGAUACUGCCUAACACAGUAAUGUUAUAAUACUAUUCCAUUGUUGUUAUCUGAAUGUAAGUGUCUGUUGUUCUAUUGCAUCGUCCUACGCGGUUUCCUCUGUGUUGCAAAGAUAUCUGGUUGUGAUUUUCUGUCUGUAAUCUGUUCCUGUCUCCUGGUGGUUGUAUUUUGAGAAAAAAAUGUUUCUUAUUUGGUGUAUUUUUUUAAGUCACUGUAAAUUCUCUCGCCCCCCUCUCUCUUCGUUGAUGAAUUGUAUGCAUGCAUAUGUGCACUGUACGUGAGGUUGUAACUGGUAUUUCUGUGUGUCCUCUGUGUUUACCGAGCGCUUCACCUGUUGGCCUCACUGCAUGCCGUUAUUGACAGAUUUUAGACUGUAUACAUUCCUGCCAAAUGGAAUCACCACACACGGAUAAUAAAGUGAUUUCAUAUCA